AUUGUUUACCUUAACAGAGCAUAUUCAAAUAAAAAACAGUCAGUGGACAACAGUGUUAGCUAAAAUGGAAGAUCAAAUUGAAAAACCUCAAAGUGAAGUAUUAUUUCGACAAUGUUCGAUAGAAACACCGCUGACACCUUCCAGAUAUUCCCAAGAGGAUGAGUUUUUUGACGAAUCCAAGGAUGCACCUAAAAUAGUCGACUGUAAGAAAAAGUCUCAGAUGCCAAUACCAGACAAACCUGCUCCCAUUAUGAAACCUCAAAUUUCUCCUAGGUUAAAAUCUAGAGCUCCUCAUUUCGAGAAUAUGGAGGUAGGUAAUACAGAAAUGAUGAAAAAAGAACAUGGAAUGAGUGCACCCAUGGUAUCUCCUAAACCAAAAAGUAUGUCGCCUAUGUUUGAAAACGUAAAGAAGAGUGAUAGUGAUGGAGGAAAUAUUUCUCCUACGGCAAGUAAACAGUUUAGAAGCAAACUUGAACAUAUUUAUAAAAGUGAACAAAAUCAGAAAGCACCAUCACCGCGAACUAGUGUCUACGAUAAUAAUAUGAGUGAAGGUCAAGAUAUCCAAAGAAAAACUUCGGUUUCCAGUUUAAGAGAAGAGUUAAGUAAGAAACUUGAGAUUGGUUUCAAAAAAGAUGUAGUAUUACACGAUCCUCCUUCCACUAGUUCUAGAAAUUCUAGUGAUGCAUCGGAAAAUGAUAUGAUGACAGAAGCUCACUUGUCUAAAGAAAAUAUGAUGACAGAAAUAAACGAGGAAGAGGAAAGAUCCGUUGGUCUACUAAAAGCCUUGCACAGGAAAAAGGAUAGUCAACAAGACAAGGACGGAGACAACACAGUGGGUGGAGCUUCUCAUCGAAACGAAGACAUGGCUACUUUAAGACCAAAAUCUCCUCGCCCUGUGCCAUUAAAAGGGGAGAAAGAAGAAACUAUAUGGGAUAAACUUGGUACUUUAGGUCGCAAAAAACGAAUUAAGGAAGUCCAAGAAGUACAAGCAGAGGGAAAACAUGCUAUUGAUUCUCCAGGUUGUCCUACUGCUCCUAUUAUACCCCCAGAAGACUAUAACCUUGAAGAUAAUGAAGAAAGAUGUAUGAUAGAACCUCGAGCAUAUGAAGAUCCUAAAUUUUAUGACUUACUUAAUGUUUUAAAAGAAUGGAUAAAUGAUGAGCUUGCUUCCCAAAGAAUUAUUGUGCAGGAUCUAUCUGAAGACUUGUAUGAUGGACAAGUACUACAAAAAUUACUCGAAAAGCUUACAGGAGAUAAAUUUGAUGUCCCUGAAGUCACCCAAUCUGAAGAAGGACAAAAGCAAAAACUAAUGGUAGUUUUGGAUCAUUUUAAUAAGGUUUUGGGAAUCCAAAGGUUAUCUCAUAAUAAAUGGAAUGUAGAAUCAAUUCACUCGAAGAAUAUAGUAGCUAUAACACAUCUAUUGGUAGCUCUAGCAAGGCAUUUUAGACCUCCAGUAAGGCUUCCGGAACAUGUUUCAGUUGAAGUUGUGGUAGUUCAGAAGGCUGGCGGUAGAUUAGUACACAAGACUGUCAGAGAAAGUUUGACAAAAGCUUAUGAUGAUGUUGGUAUGAGAUGCGAGAGAGAUGCUUUUGAUACACUCUUUGAUCAUGCACCUGAUAAACUGCAAGUUGUGAAAAAGUCGUUGGUAACAUUUGUGAACAAACAUCUGAACAAAAUGAACUUUGAAGUUACCGAAAUAGAGAGCCAAUUCCAUGAUGGGGUCUACUUGAUCAUGCUUAUGGGACUUUUAGAAGGUUUCUUUGUUCCUCAUUACAGUUUCCAUCUAACUCCCCACGAGUUUGAACAGAAAGUACAUAAUGUUAAUUUUGCCUUUGAGCUUAUGGAGGAAGUCGGCUUGCAGAAGCCAAAAGCUAGACCAGAAGAUGUUGUUAAUAUGGAUCUGAAGUCAACACUCCGUGUGCUGUACAACAUAUUUUUACGCUACAGAACGAUAAUAUAAACGAGAAUCGGAUUUUUUUAGUGCCUUAUACUGCCUCUAAAACUUAUCUACAAGUUGUUACUUUAUUAAUGUACAUAACAAUUUACUAGCAUAUUUUUAUAGUUGUUUUAUUGACAAUGUUUACACGGAAAUGUUUUAUUAAUAAUAUUUUUGGUGUUACUAAUUAAAUAAUUAUAAAACCAAGUCUUCAAAGAAUAUUAUAAAGCCAAUUAUGUAACUAUUUAAAAAUUAAUUCAAAGUUUUGUUUCCGACGAAAUAAACUUUUAAUGAGACCUAUUUCUGGUUACGCCUUCUUGGUUUCUAUUAUUUGCAAAUCAUAAGAAUGUUGGAUGAAAGAAGACAAAGGGAGAUCUAAGAUUGCACCUGUCUAUCCAACUUGGCAAAAUUCCAACGAAAAGUAGGUCUCGAUACUCGAAUUUUGUCAUGAAACGAAAACAACAGGUGUAUUAUAUUUCAAUUUGUUCAGAGAGUGCCUUAAACAAUCUUACUAGUUUCAUUCUUAUUAGAAAUCAUUAGAGAUUGUAUAAAUGGAAAUCUCUGAACAAAACAAAAUAAACACAGCCGAUCAGUAUCGAAUCACGACUAACAAAUAGGUACGGAUGCCGUAGCGGCAUCUGCUUACAACAAUUCAAAGUUUUGUAUCCAAAGAAAUAAACUUUUAAUGAGAAUCUUAUUUAAAAAAUAUUUAUUUGUUUUAAAAUCUUUAAAGUAUUUGAAAUGUUAUUCGCUUGUGUUUGAUAAAUAGUAAAAAUUAGAUUUGUUCUCUUAAAUUAACAUAUUUGUAAGAUAGAACAACUUACUUAGCAAAACAUUAAAAAUACUGUGGACAGAACAUGUUAGACCAGCGUUUCCCAACCGGUGGGUCGCGACCCACUAGUGAGUCGCGAGCGGAUUUCAGGUGGGUCGCGGCGUGGCUCUUACAGUAGCUGAAUACCGUAAAUAUAUAACAUCAUGGGUGAGGGAUGGGUCGCGAAUAUGAAAAAACAUCAGAAGGUGGGUCGCCACACAUAAAAGGUUGGGAACCACUGUGUUAGACGAUUACGCAUACGAGUUUCCACUACAUAUAUCCGUCUAUAGCAAUCUAUUUACUGCACCUACUAAAAUUUGUAACCCUUUUAUACAUACUCUCAGCCAUAAUUACCGUGUUGUUUGCAAAUAUUUUGUUGUUUAUUAUUUCGCCGUCAAUUCUUACUCCAUUUGUCAUUCCGUUAUGGCUUGUCUGAAAGUGGCCUGUGAGUAUGUUUUGAAAAGGGUCUUAGACAAGACGCAUCCUUCCUUGACUGCUCUCGCAAUAUUUAUAUGUAUUUGUUUUUAUCUCGUUCACGAAAGAUAUAUCGAAACAUAUAACAUCUUGAGACUCAUAAUUCAAGGAAGAAUGGUUUGGUUGCAGCUCAAGGCAACUGUCUCGAAGGUUAAAAUAGCGAUGAUUGUUAACCCUCGUCGCGGAGAUGGCACUUAAAGUAUAGUAUAGUAAAGGGAAAACAGGUGAUAGCCCUGAAUUUGGUACUGUGGCAAAAAAUGUAAGAACCGAAAAUAAAAAAAAAACGAAUUUACAACACAAUAUUAAAACCAGUGUUAACCUAUGGAGGUGAAGUCUGGCAAUUAACCACAAAGUACAUAGAUAAAUUACUAGCCACUGAGCUGGAUUUUUAUCGUCAAUAUGAGAGUAUGUUCCCUGGUGAUUUGUCUAUCUUCCUGGAAAUGGCAGGAUGGACAAUGAGCUAAGGACGAAAGCUGGGAGCUGGAAGCUCCCUGGGAGGAUGCACAAUGGGUCAGCCUAAGUAGACUUGACUCGCCAUCGCUACAGAGAUACAAAAUCUGAAUAUGAAGUAAUUAUGGAAGAACAUAAUUGUUUUUUACACGCGAAAAAAAGUCCUUUUAAACUAAUAUAAGAUUAACUGCACCUAUAUUACCUAUUUCAGUCUUAUUUGUAAAUGUUAUGUGCAUCAUUAUUCGCCCCUAAUACACAAUUUAAUUUUUACCUCAAAUUCCAAACGAUUUUCAAUUAGCUAAAUUAAACUUUCCUAAAUUAAAAUAAAGACAACUGUGAUUUGAAUGUUCUUUCAGAGGAAUUAUUAAUGGUGUUAUUAAAUUUUAUUUUAAAUGGGGCUUCCUUUUACAUUACAUAAAUAUAUUUACAUUUGGUGUUAAAGCUUGUUCAUAUAAAGAAGAAAUAUAUUAUCUUUUCUUCACAUGAAGCAAAUUAUGUUCAUGAUCGUCUUCAGAAAUAUAUUCUUUGAUGCAUUGCAAGAAAUUUAAUGAAUAUACAUAUAUUUACAGGUAGAAAUCUCACUUGUACUUCUUUUUAAUCAAAAAUGUGCUUUAGAGUACUUAACUUUUUUAGUCAAUUGAAGAAAAAUUAACUGAAUGUUAUACACUUACGUUAAAAAUAUAUAUUUUGUAUAUUAAUAUGUAUUAUAAUAAAUUAUAUAAUAAAAAUAACGAAAAAGG